UCCACUUCCUGCAAAAUCCCACUCAUUUCACCAUGUUUAGCUCUUCCUGAUUCACUCUUUUGCUCUUGAUCCUUUGCCUUUCGACUUCUUCCGCUGAUUUUGCAUAAAAUUGAGCUAAAACAUUCACUUUCGUGGUAAAGUACAUCUGUUUCCUAGAGAAGCUCUGAGCUGAAAGGCAUUCACUUAUGGAGGUCAAUGAAAGUUUGUUAGAGAAGAAAGAAGCAAAUGACGUUAUCCUUAUGAUUUCAGGCCCUGAAUGUCAAAGCAGAGGUUCUCCACCAAAACCAAACACUCAGCCAAUAGAGCUUGAAAAUUACCCAUCAAGUUCACAAAUUUCCAAUGUGACAAGCCCCUCUGCUCAAGAGCUCACUCAGUCAAUCCCGACUCCGAGUAAGCUUCCAAAUAUCCCAACCAAAAAGUCCAUCUCGCUGUCUUCAUUUGCGAAGCUGAAAUCAAGAUUCAUGGAACCGCCAUAUCCUAGUGACGCAAGUGCUAGUGCAACUAAGGACCAUGGGAAACCGGAGCUGAGAAUGCCUCCAAGUGGUUCAGCAGACACACCACCAGAUGCAGAGGAGGAAGAUGAUGAGGAGGUGUGCAAGACUGCGAAUCAGGAGUCCCAAAUGAUGUCGGGUAAAAAGAAGGUUGUUUUGGCUCAGUGGGUCGCGUUUGUGUGCAUCAUAGGGCUUCUAAUAGCUAGUUUAACCAUUCAUAGACUGCAAAAUACAAUUAUUUGGGAAGUGCAAUUGUGGAGAUGGUGUUUGCUGAUGUUGGCAAUCUUUUGCGGUAGUUUGGUGACAGACUGGCUGAUCAGCAUAUUGGUGUUCUUGAUUGAGAAAGACUAUCUGCUUAAAAGGAAUGUUUUGUACUUUCUCUAUGCAUUGAAGGAUGGUGCCGAAGUGUUUGCCUGGUUGAGUCUGGUCCUUUUAGCCUGGGUUUGGCUGAUAAACCAUGGAGUGAAGCGAUCGAGACACACGACCAAGAUUCUGAACUGGGUCACGAGGGCGCUCUUUUCUUGUCUUGUAGGAGCUGCCUUAUGGCUGAUCAAAACAUUUCUGAUAAAAUUGCUUGCUGCUUCUUUUCAAUGCAAGAGAUUCUUUGAUCGCAUUCACGAGUACAUCUUUCAUCACCACGUUAUAAGGACCCUUUCCGGCCCGCGUCCAGCGGAAAGUGCCGACAAAUUGGGUAGCUCGAGGUUUAGCAUGAGGCUAAGUCUCAAGAAGUAUAUUAAAGGAGCUGCAAGGAAGUUUGAAGAGGUGAACAUAGAGAAGCUAAGUAAGAUAAAGCCGGAUAAAAUUUCUGCUUGGACGAUGAGGGGGUUGAUUAACAUUGUUAGCGGCUCGGAGCUGUCGACUCUUACCGGUUCCCUCGAUAACAUUGAGGAUAAUGAGGCAGAGCAACAAGAGAAGGACAUCACCGAUGAGCAGGAAGCCAAGACUGCUGCUUCUGCGAUAUUCAAGAAUGUAGCCAAGUUAGAGAGCAAGUUUAUCGAGGAGGACGACCUCUUGUGCUUCAUGAAGAAGGAACACGUUGAGAAAUUCAUCUCUUUGUUUCCCGGACGGAAGAUCCAGAAGUCGUUUCUCAAGAAGUGGCUGGUGGAUGUCUAUCGUGAACGAAAAUCACUCACUCGUGCCUUGAAGGAUGCGAAAACAGCCAUCGAGGAGCUGAACAACCUCGCUUCAGCAGCUUUACUCGUCGUGGUCAUCAUUCUGUGGUUGCUUCUGACAGGAUUAUUGACGACUCAAAUGCUCAUCUUUAUUUCGUCACAGCUUUUGCUUUUCGUGUUCAUUUUUGGAGACUCGGCCAAAGAAUUGUUCAGGGCUAUCGUGUUUGUAUUCGUGAUGCAUCCAUUCGAUGUGAGUGACCACUGCGUCGUUGAUGGAGAUGAGAUGGAGGUUGACGAGAUGAAUAUCCUGACUACUGUCUUCCUGAAAAACAACGGUGAAAAGAUAUCUUACCCAAAUUCAGUUCUGGCCUCUAAACCCCUCAGCAAUUUCAACAGGAGCCAGAACAUGGGCGAAUCUGUGGAGUUCAUGGUCGAUUUCUCCAUUUCAGUCGAGAGCCUUGAAGCUUUGAAAGAUAAAAUAAAAACGUACUUGGAUAGCAAGCCAAAACAUUGGCAUCCCGAUCCCAGCAUUGUGGUUAAGGAGAUUGUGGACGCUGACCACUUGAAGAUGGCUCUCCACGUCACCCACGCGAUGAAUUUCCAACAUGCCAAGGAAAGGACCGGCCGGAGAUCCGACCUAGUGCUGGAGCUGAAGAAAAUCCUCGAACAGCUCCGUCUCGAGUGCCGCGUGCUUCCUCAGUAAGUUCAUCUCAGUCGGGCCGGGUUGGUGGCCGUUGCUGUGCACGGUUUUGACAACUCCAGGAGUAUCGCGCUCCUAAGUAAUCUGCAAGUUUGUGAGAAUGGGACUUCAUUUCCGCCUUUUAUUUUCUGCAAUAUGUAAUCUGCAAGCGUGUGACUAUGUUCUUUGCUUGAUCAUAUGUCACUGUGCGUAAGAAUUACAAUGUACCUCUAUAACUAGAACAAAAUUUCAAAUAACAGUGACGUCUAUA